CCCGAAGCGCCCGGAGGCAUCAGGUGUCGCGGGAACGGCGCCCGCGGCGCGAAGGGAGAGCCCGCGACGUCUCAAGCCGUCGAGAUGGCAAAUCCUGAGGCUGUUAUAAGUAGCUGCAGCUCUCAUGAAGAAGAAAAUCGCUGCACUUUUAACCAGCAUACAUCUCCCUCUGAGGAGCUUCUAUUAGAAGACCAGAUGAGGCGAAAACUCAAAUUUUUUUUCAUGAAUCCUUGUGAGAAGUUCUGGGCUCGAGGUAGAAAACCGUGGAAACUUGCCAUACAAAUUCUAAAAAUUGCAAUGGUGACCAUCCAGCUGAUCUUUUUUGGGCUAAGUAACCAGAUGGUGGUAGCUUUCAAGGAAGAGAACACUAUAGCAUUCAAACACCUCUUCCUAAAAGGAUAUAUAGACCGAAUGGAUGACACAUAUGCAGUGUAUACACAAGGUGACGUAUACGAUCAGAUCAUCUUCGCAGUGAACCAGUACUUGCAGCUACGCAACGUCUCAGUUGGGAAUCACGCUUACGAGAACAAGGGCACGGAGCAGUCAGCCAUGGCAAUCUGUCAGCACUUCUACAAGCAAGGAAACAUCUGUCCCGGAAAUGAUACCUUUGACAUUGAUCCAGAAAUUGAAACUGAAUGUUUCUUUGUGGAGCCAGAUGAACCUUUUCACGUUGGAACACUAGAAGAAAAUAAAGUCAACUUAAUGCUGGACUUUCACAGACUCAUAACAGUGGAGCUGCAGUUUAAAUUGAAGGCCAUUAAUCUGCAGACUAUUCGUCAUCACGAGCUCCCGGACUGUUACGACUUUACUCUGACUAUAACAUUUGACAACAAAGCCCACAGUGGAAGAAUUAAGAUAAGUUUAGAUAAUGACAUUUCCAUCAGAGAAUGUAAAGACUGGCAUGUAUCUGGAUCAAUUCAGAAGAACACUCAUUACAUGACGAUCUUUGAUGCCUUCGUUAUUCUGACAUGCCUGGCUUCAUUAAUCCUGUGUGUUCGAUCUGUGGUGAGAGGACUUCAACUUCAGCAGGAAUUUGUCAAUUUUUUCCUCCUCCAUUAUAAGAAGGAAGUUUCUGUUUCUGAUCGAAUGGAAUUCGUCAAUGGAUGGUAUAUUAUGAUUAUUAUUAGUGACAUAUUAACCAUUACUGGAUCAAUUCUGAAAAUGGAAAUCCAAGCUAAGAGUCUGACAAGUUAUGAUGUCUGUAGCAUACUUCUUGGUACCUCUACCAUGCUUGUGUGGCUAGGAGUCAUCCGAUACCUUGGUUUCUUUCAGAAAUACAAUCUCCUUAUUCUCACCCUUCAGGCAGCGCUGCCCAAUGUCAUCAGGUUCUGCUGCUGUGCAGCUAUGAUUUAUUUAGGCUAUUGCUUCUGUGGAUGGAUUGUGCUGGGGCCUUACCAUGAUAAGUUCCGUUCUCUGAACAUGGUCUCUGAGUGCCUUUUCUCGCUGAUAAAUGGAGAUGAUAUGUUUGCCACAUUUGCAAAAAUGCAGCAAAAGAGUUACUUGGUCUGGCUGUUCAGCAGGAUUUACCUCUACUCAUUCAUCAGCCUCUUUAUAUACAUGAUUUUAAGUCUCUUUAUUGCACUGAUCACUGAUACGUAUGAAACAAUUAAGCAUUACCAACAAGAUGGCUUCCCUGAGACUGAACUUCGUAUAUUUAUAUCAGAGUGCAAAGAUCUGCCCAAUUCUGGAAAAUACAGAUUAGAAGAAGACCCUCCAGUAUCUAUAUUCUGCUGUUGUAAAAAGUAGCUAUUAGGCUAAUCUAUGCCCUGGAGGGAACUAUAAUGUGUAGCUGAGUUGGGAGACAAAAUGGAUAUUUUAAGAUCAGAUGUAGUAUGUUUGAAGACAAUUAUUUUGAGCAAAUUGAUGGCUAUAAUUCAUCAAGAACUGUGUUUAUAUUUUAAAGCAAUAUUUAAUGUCUUUGCAGCUUUAUGCUGGGCUUAUUUUUUUUUUAAACCUAACUUUGAUGAGGGAAACUGUUGGAUUCUUGUCCUGUUUAUUUUGCCAUAGCUUUAGAAUGUGCUUUCCAUACCCUUCUCUACUCUUGCUUCCAGUUAUUCGGACUGUGCUGACUGUGUCAUCAGGGGAAACAACACCUGAUCUGACCUCAGACAACUCACCAACCCUGGCCUGGACCAUUCUCAGGGGCUGUCCUUAAGAGAGAGGAUGAUUGCUGUAUAUCCAGUAAUCAUUGCAUUUUAAAAUCUCUUAAAGGAAAGAAUAAGAAAGAAAAAAUCAUCACCAGCUAACAGUCUCAUAUUUGGCUCUGAAGGACAACUGUUAUUUGAUACUGCUUUUAGUUCUGGAGAAGAUCAGGUUUUUUAGUAUAAGUUUUCUCUUUUCCUUUAGUGUUCAAGGACAAAGUUGAAAGAGUAUUCUAUACAUCUAUGAAAAUUAAACUGCAUACUAAAUGCAUAUUCAAUCCCACAAGGAUUGUUUUAUUAGUACUUGCACAGCCUUGUGAAAAGUGCAUGAUGUGCUGUGCCCCUCCUAGGCACAUUCAGUCUCACAGAAAAGGGUAGCAUUUUUUUCCUCCACAUAAACUUCACUGUGAGUAUUGUUCUUGUCUGCCUAUCCCAGAAAAUUGUUGCAUUUUUACUAUUAGCCUGUCUCAUAUUUUCUAGACUACUUUAAAAAAAUCCCCUUUAACAUUGUAAAUCAGUGAAAGUUUUAUAUGAAGGCAACCUGCUAGAGAAAUUCAAGAAAAAGGUUUGUAAAUUUAAACUUCCAUGUUAGAGUACAUUAUUGAGCAAAAGAUUCUUCUGUUAUUUGGUUAUUGGUCAUUAUAAAUGUGAAUCAGGGUACAGAACUUUUUGUACUGUCAUAUACAGAACAGAACAUAGACAUUUGAAAGGAACAAAGCACAACACAAAACAAUGAGUAUUACCGCCCAGUGAGAAAUGAGCCAGGAUC